AUGGUGGCGGGCACGGUGGAGGGCCACCUCGAGAGCGCCACGGAUCUGGCCACGCUGCUGAGCGUUCUGACGCUGCGCGAGAAAGAUCCCAGCCAGCAGCGAGUCAUUUGCGAGGCGAGUGAGAAUGGGUUGAAGUUCACUGCCCAGAGCGCUGGGAAAGACGUGGCGGUGUUGGGAUGGAUCUUCAAAGAUGCCUUCACGCAGUACACAUUCGAUGGAGCCGGAGAGGAGCAUUUGUUCUUCAAGCUCCCGGUGGCUCCACUGCUGAGUUGCCUCACCAUCUUCGAGCGCGCAAACCUCACCUUGAAGUUCCCCCCAAGCGCUCAUGAACUGCGCCUCUCCCUGGAGGAGGAUGGCGCCAUCACCGAGUGCUGCUUGAAGACGCUCUUGUUGGACGAAGCCGCUCGCGUGCCUUUGAGCGUCUUCCUCCAGCCCUCCGAGCGCCCGUUGGGCGCCUUCAAGGCCAAGCCUGCCGAAGUCUGGCAUGGCGCGCUGAGCGAGUUCCAGGAGCUGGAAGGCUCGGACGUGGUCCUCAAAGUGACGCUUCGCGCGAAGGGCGAGACCGAGAUGGCACCCAUGGCUUUACGAGCCAACACCAUCAAUAGUGAUGCAAAUGUGGAAUUGCCUCAAAGCAGUCUGGAGGAAGUGGAGCUUGCGGAGAAUGCUGGCGAGCUCACGUACAGUUACCUGCUCAGCAGUGCCUUAGCGGGUUGCCUCAAGGCUUCCAAGGAGUCACGCGCGGUGAAGAUCCGCUUCAAUCGAGAAGGUGUGAUGAGCAAUCAGUUCAUUCUACGUUCCCGGGGUCGGCAGCUGCUUUGCGAGGCCUUGGUUUGUCCCAUUGCGCCGGAGGUCGAGCGCAGUUGGGCUGACCGUGCUCAGCUGCGCGCCAGCGCAACGUUGGCAGAAGAGUCCAUUGGUGCACCGGCUUCGGUUUCGGCCAAAGCAGCCGAAGUGGCCGAGGCAGACGUGGUCCAGGUCGGGCAGCUCAAGAUCUUCCUACCUGGCGCGGAGGUCACUCACUCGCACGAUCCGCACGAAACAGAGGAGCUGGUCUUGAGGCUGGUCAAUCUAGGGCCCUUCGGCUCAGGGCAACAUCCCACCACCUUCCUCAUGCUGAAAGCCAUGCAGGAGAUGACUUGGGCUGGCCUCUCCAUGUGCGACUAUGGCUGUGGAAGUGGCGUAUUGGGUCUACUGGCAUUGAGGCUGGGUGCGAAGCGAUGCCUGGGGGUGGACAAUGUGCCAGAUGCCCUACUCGCGGCGCAAGACAAUGCCAGGGCCAACGAGUGCCUUGAGCGCUUUGAGUUGCACUUGCCCCCAGCGGAGGUCUUGGACAAGGACUUGGACUUCUACACACGAGAAGGUGAUUGGCGCAGCUCCACCAUUGCCUGGACCCCGUUGAUCCCAGAGGAGGUGGAUGUAGUCCUGGCCAACAUCGUGGUGGGACCGUUGUGCCGCUCCGCCAAGAUGGUGGGGCAGCUGCUACGGCCAGAUGGUCAGGUCCUUUUGGCUGGGAUGAAAGAGUUCCAAGUGAAGCAAGUUGAAGAGGCCAGACGUGGCUCUUUGCAAGAAGGCAUCAUCCAAUUCAUUUCUGUUCAACUAAGAUUGGCCAAUAUCUGA